CCGGAAGUAGUGUGAAUGUCUUUCGGCGAUGUUAGGAGUUUAGAUAACGUUUCACUGUUGUCAGUCCGGUGCCGAAUCUAAAAUGGGUGUUAAAAUCGAGAUGUUUAGAAUGAUGCUGUAUAUUUCAUUUCCCGUGACCAUGUUCUGGAUCUCAAAUCAGGCAGAGUAUUUUGAAGAGUACAUCAUAAAGAGAAAGAGGGAAAUCUUCCCCCCUGAAGAAGGACUGCAUAGGAAAGAGAUGGAGGACUUCAAAGAGCGACUGCAUCUUCAUAAGGAGCAGCAGCGAUUACAAAAGUAUUCUAUGGUGUCUGAAAAUUGAAGAUUAUGUUUUUGAAGAACUGCAUAUAUUCCCAGCCCCACCGAUGGAGGAUUAUUUGGCAGUAUUUCUUGGAUAAUACGAAAAUUGGUGGGACUGGAGUAAGAGCACGACACAUCGGAAAUCUCUGAGAAGUUAACACAUCCCUAAUGUGUGCGAUCCGCAUAUGUCAAGUGGGAUGUCAUUUUUUUCACCAAAUACUUUUCAGAUACCAUAAUUCUAUGUUUAAAUGGCUGAUUAUUUGCUGUGCAUUGUCAUACACUUGUUAUUUGAGUUAUAUAUCCAGUUAGAUCGAAUGUAAUUUUCAUAAUUUAUUUUGUGACGAGCAAUGCCUAUUAAACGUAGAUAUUAUUUUCCAGUUGAGUGCUUUACAAUAUUGUAUCACCGGGGCUGUAAUUGAGAAUUGUUUAUAUGUAACAGAAAGAGACAUAAGAGACCAAAUCACAAAGCACAUCUCCAUAAAUUGAUUUGAAUUGAGCAAAACUGAAAAUACAAAAUAGCUGACUGUAUAUUUACCGACUUCAUAUCCGAUUUGAUUAGAGGCACAGAUGGCAGCAACUUUUACUUUAAGCUUUUAAUGUACAUUCUGGGUAAUCUUUCGUUCAUGUUAUGGGUCAUCUUAUUGGAAAAUAAAAUUUCAUAUUUCACUGGUCGCAGCAGGUUUUUUUCAAUGAGCUCUAUGUUUUUGCUGCAUUCAUUCUUAAUGAAAAACAACUGGCUGCACCAGUGAUAAUUCAGUUGUGUGUGAUGCGGUGACAAAUACAUUGUUUUAUUUUCUUCAUAUCACUGUUGUAAAAGCUUUCUUUCAUCCACUGGGUUUAUAUAAAAACAGUUGCGGGGUUGGAGGAAUUUUAAUUGAGGCACUGACUAUGUAUGAAGUUCUGGUUAACAUAUCAAUGUAAUGCUAUUUUUCAUUAAAGUCAAGGUGGGUUUUAACGAC